AUGGAAGAAACACGAAACAUGAGUGAGUGUUAUGACUUGUGUGACAAGGAAAUUCUCUACAACUAUAUUUGUAAAGCCAGGCAAAACAAUACUAUGGAGCACCGAAGCGAUCAUAUUCGGUGGGAAAUUGAAAUAAUCUAUCAAACAAUGAAAUGUUUUGUCAACCCAUCCAUUUCUAUUAUUGGACUAAUCGGAAAUAUCUUGAGCAUUUGUAUACUGAUACAAAGUGGGUUUAAAAAGCCCUCAAACGUGUUUCUGUUAGCCCUUACUAUAUCAGACUCUUUGUAUCUCAUUCGACCAAUCAGUGCUCCAAGUCUACUAAAGGUUUUCGGUCCGUCUAAACUUAGACCUCUAGUGUACGGUUGGGAAUUCCCGGAAAACUUCGCAUUUUUCGCCUUCGUCGUUGAAAAAUCCAUCAUGUGUUUUGUUGGCUGGGGUUCGUACGUCUCCACAUCUCUACCAGCGGUCAUCACCCUUGAAAGAUUUAUCGCCGUGUAUUUUCCUUUACGUCUCAAAACCGUCGUCACUGUCAAAAGGGCCAUUUUUAUCGUGGCUGGAAUCUAUUUUUUCUGGCUUUUUUGGAGCGUGUUCGUGUACGCUUCGUGGUUCUCCUUCGAGUACCACACCCUGUCCGAAGACGUCUACUACGGCAUCGACGUAUACUCCCAGUUUUUUUUCGACAACGCCAACAUCAUGUUCCCUCUGUAUUUCCUCGCCCUCAACUACCUGACCAGCGUGUUCCCCAUCUCCAUCACCAUCGUCUCCUGCAUCCUCAUCGCCCUGAAGAUCCGGAUCGCCCAGCGAAGACGCCGGAAACUCACCAAACACAAGAAAACCUACACCUCACGAACUACGCGUACACUACUAGCCGUUUCUCUGAUCUUCGCCAUCGCUCACGGGACCUACUUCAUCCUGUCGUACAUAUUUCAAGACGUUAUGGUCGCAGGGACAGACGAAUCGCGCGUCGUUGGAGAGUUUUUAGUGGCCCUAGUUCUCUUCAGCAGUGCCAGUAAUUUUUUCGUCUAUGUUUUCCUGAACAGCGGGUUCAGGAAACUAUUUUUAGACAUGACGUUAAAGCAUAUCAUUUGCCGUAAAGGCGGGACAGAAGCUGUUUAA